ACUCUCCCCAAGGCCUUUUUAAGUUCCCCAACCUCUUCCAUCUUCCUCUCCAAACCCUACUAAAAACCCUCGCCCCACUCUCCCACCGCCGUCUACGGUGGGGCAAACCUCCAUACUAAUUCCCUACUCCCUAGUCGUACACCCAACACAAUGGCGUCAGCCGCGGCGGCUUCUGAUGUCACAGAUGGACCAGUCCUGACUCUCAUUAACAAGCGCAUUCGUAACCUAAGGAAAAAACUCAACCGUAUCGCUCAGCUUGAGGAAUCAGUUUCUCAAGGGAAAUCCGUCAUCAAAAACAAAGAGCAAGAAGAACUUCUGAAAUCAAAACCUGCGAUCGUCGCCGCUGUCGACGAGCUCGAGAAGUUUCGUCAGCCUUUAUCCGUCGCCAUUGAUGAAGAGAUCAAUCUUGCUAUCAAGCACCGUCAAGUCAAAGCAUCCGAAAACAAUGGUAAGGAAGUUGAUGGUGAUAAUAUAAGUAAAACCCUAGAUAGUGCGGAAAAUGUAGCGGCGCCGCAGAGUGAUUUGCUUGUUGAGGAUCUAUUGAGCUUGAUUUACUUCGGCAGCAUGUUUGAUGUGAAAUCUCAGAGUGAUUUCAGUUCGAUUAUGCUUACAAAGACGCACGAAAGGAACUGUUGCUUGACAUACGAUUAUGUUACCGAUGAUGCCGCUGCUGUAAUGCUAGGAGAGAGGGAUUUGGAUUUGAUCUCAAUGAUGGGUUCUCUAUUGAUUUCGAGACCUAGAGAUUCGAGUUUUUCACACCAGAAUGCAUUACAAAGAUGCAUUGAACACGCAAAGCUUUGGCUUUCCAAGUCUGAACAACCUAUUGAUUCGAACUCUGAUGUUACUUAUGCUGCUCUGAGAGAGAAGUUAGCAAAAAUCAUCGGGUCAGAUUUCUUCAGAAUAACACCAGCGAUGAAAGUAACUGCUGAUGUAGCUGCUGAAGCAGCUGGAAAUUAUGGUUUCCAAGUUCCAGUGCAGGUGGAAAACUCAGUUACUCAACAUGAUCAACAGGAAGAUGAUGUUACAAAUUUCCAAAGAAAUGAGAAUGGUGAAGAAGAGCAGUCUAUUCCAGUCAAAGAUUCUCAGAAGGUUGAGGAAACAGCUGAAAUAUCCGUUGAAACACAUCCUAGUGGUGCUGACAACAAGGAACAGUAUGUACCUCGCCGGAGCUACCACAACCAAAGAGGUGGUGGUGGUCGGAAUGUUGGUAAUGGUGGUCGUAGAGGUGGUUAUGGAAAUGGGCGUGGUGGCCGAAGUGGUGGCAGAGGUGGACCCUACCAGAACGGUGGACGUAACCAGUACAAUGAGCAGCCAGGAAAUUAUUACCCAAGGAACUACAAUGGUGGUGGUAGGGGAAGAGGAGGCGGCAGGGGUGGUGGUGGUGGUCAUUACUCCAAUGGCAGCAACCAUCAUGCUCCUUCUGGUGCUGAAGUGGCAGAGUCUUGACUGACUUUUCAACCCUUGGGGAUGGUUUGUGUAGGUUUGGUUGGUUAUUAUAGGGGUUUUAGGUUUUUACUAGUUAAAUCUUGUUGGGUAAAUCCUGAAAAAAUGACCUAAAAAUCAUUCUCUCUACAUAUCAAACAUGGAAUCGAUUCUCCUGCCUGUUUUCCCAA